AUGGACAGGAAUAAUGGUAAGGUGAAUUUUACUACUAGAAACUAUGUGGCGGCGAGAGCAAGUAAUUGUGUAACUCAUGGUGGUGAUAUUGAUUUCGUCAUAACACAAAAAUUUGAGGGGCUCUCCUACACAUUCCAAUGGUUUCCGACUUGCAACGAAUCAGAAGAUGAGAACUACUCAGUACAAAAGGUCAUUUUCGGAAACCAUGAUGACGAAUACGACCGUAAUUACCUAAUGAUAGCUGAGGUCCAAAUUCCUCAUAAGUAUUCGGAUUCUGACUACUCAAGCAACAAUGACUGUCCAAACUACAAUGAUGUGAAUGAUGGCAUUAUUUUUAAGAUUAUCAAGGAGAUCAAUCAUGAUGGCGAUGUUAACAUUGUUCGUUACAUGCCUAAAAAAGAUUCAAUUAUUGCAAGUAAAACAAAUGGUCCUGAGGUUUAUAUAUUUGAUAUUGACAAACAACCUUCUAAGGCUUCUGAUGAUCGUGCUCGCCCUGAAUUAAGGUUACAUGGUCAUAAAACUAAUGGUUAUGGCUUGUCUUGGAGCAAAUUCAAUAGUGGUCAUUUGCUUAGUGGUGAUUAUGAUGGUAAUAUUUGUAUUUGGGAUGUUAAUGCCACUUCCAACAAUCUUACCCUUGAUCCCUUGCGAGUUUUCAAGGUUAAUGAAGGUGAUAUAGAAGACAUAGCAUGGAAUCCAAAGAAUGAAAAUUUAUUUGGAUCUGUAGGCAAGAAAAACUUGCACUUAUGGGAUGUUAGAGCUCCAAUAGUGAACAAUCCAGUUCAAUAUUAUAAUGCUCAUUCAGAAACAGUGAAUUGUUUAUCUUUUAAUCCCUUCAAAGAAUGGAGUGUUGUUACUGGUUCUAAUGAUGAAUCAAUAAAACUAUGGGAUACAAGAAAGAUAGCUAAAAGCAAUGAUAUGCAUCAAUGUGUUCAAACCUUUAAACAAGUGGAUGGAUGUGUUUUUCAGGUUGAUUGGAAUCCAAAUAACGAGACAAUGUUUGCUUCUGGAUGUCAUCUUGGGAGAGUGUUUGUUUGGGAUGUUAGUAAGAUUGAUGAUAAGCAAAAUAAUAUGGAUAUUGAUGAUGGUCCUGCAUUGCUUUUUGUUCAUCAUGAACAUUUAGGUGAAGUAAGUGACCUUUCUUGGAAUCCUUGUGAAGAUAUGAUGAUUGCUAGCGUGGAUGUUGGAAAUUCGAUUCAUUUAUGGAAGAUGUAUUAG